CCAACCCGUUAGACAGUCAGACAUAGCACCGCUGAUCAACACAGCAAGCUCUUAGUAAGCGCCUUUAACCAAUAGUAAACCGCAUGUCCCCUAUUGUCCGGCGAGACGACGGCGAAUACAGAUCCGAUCAUCGCAAAAAGGCGUUGGCGAUUGGAGGGGUCGUCCGGUCAGAGCAGGAAGAUGAUGGAUUAGCGAGGUGGGAUGACAAGGAAGUAGACAAGGAGGAUCGGUCUGGACCUUCAGGAGGGGUGUAUCCUUAUAGGGAUCCGAUAGAUCCCGACAUACCUGCACGGGAGCUUCAUGUUGAAGGCUGGACCCAUCGCGAUCAGGACUCUGGCUCAUCCGACCAUGAAUACACCCAUGGCCUGCACAAACCCAAACGGCAAGAUGAAGUUCGCUACAGCCUCGGUAGUAAUGCGACCUACCCGCCCAGGCCGUCCGCAUCCCUGGAUACUCUUGCCGAGUUGACGACCAGUCUACCAAACUCCAGAGCACAAGUCCUCCGAGCGGCAACGUCCCUGCUCAUCCAAUCGACACCCUCUCUCAUCGUAUCCCUGAUCGGCUUGAUCUUUACCGGACAACUUCUCGACCAUCUCGCCGUCUGGGAUGUCUUCGUCAAGUGUGACGAGCUCUUCAUCGCGGUGCCUGCCCUGCAGAAUCUCAAGGGGAACUUGGAAAUGUGUCUAGGAGCCAAGCUGGGGACCGCUACCAACGAAGGCCGACUCGAUACCCCCAGGCGACGCAAGGACAUCAUCACCAACUCCCUCUUCUUUCUGCAAUACCAAGCCCUAUCAAUCUCUGCUCUAGCCGGCGGUCUCUCCUGGCUCUUGGGCUACGCCAUGAAACAUCGUAUCGCCUCCCCGACGCCGAUACCAGGGAGCGAAGAUAUCACCGAGGGAUACACCAAGCCGGGAGGCAAGCAGCUCAUGUUGAUCCUCAGCACGGGGAUGUUGACGGCCAGUCUGAGUUCGGCCGUAUUGGGCAAUUUCAUCAGCUGGCUCGUGGUCGUCUGUCGGUGGUUCGGUCUCAAUCCUGACAACAUCGCCUCACCGUUGGCGGCCUGUCUUGGCGACUUUCUCACCCUCUUCAUCCUCGCUCUCGUGGGAAGCGCGUUGGUGCACGGUCUAUCCAGCCCGGUGCCAGCCAUCGUGACCUUGCUCAUGAUCAUUGCCACGAUCGGCGUACGCUGGUACGGCCUGCAAUAUAAAGAGUCUUCAAGACCCCUCGAAGAAAAGCCGAGCGAAGCAGAGGAGGAAGGCGCAUGGUGGCCUUUGAUCUCAGCCAUGCUCAUCUCCUGUGCUACGGGUGUGGUCUUGGAGAAGAGCGUAUCGAGGUACGAAGGGUUCGCCUUGUUGGCCGUCACCAUGACGGGUAUCUGCGGCAGUCUCGGAGCGAUCUACGCAUCUCGCCUUUCGACCGACCUUCAUGCGGAUCAACAUGCACGGGAACACCGCAUCGCUUCUCGUGACUACGAGACCGAACUCGCUGGACGACUGAGCAACGUCGCCUCUGGCGUGACCAUAUUCACAAGCGCUUGGCCUGUGCAAGCGUUCUUCCUGCUGUUCAUAGCGUGCACCGGUUGGACGUCAAUACCGUGGGGACUGUUACUGUGGUUCCUGGUCUCAUACGCAUUGACGGCCGGCGCGUCGAUAUAUGCGGCGCACAGUAUAACCAUGUACUUUUGGCACAAAGGCUUAGAUCCCGAUUCGUACACCUUGCCCAUCCAUUCGGCGGCUAUCGAUCUGCUCGGCCAACUCUUGCUCGUAGCAGCUUACGAGUUGGCAUCGGCCUUGGGCGCUGACGUCAAAUCUUGAGCCGACGAUGACGCUAGGUAGACCUGUUGUGUCUCGGCGACUCUGGACGCCCGAAUCGUGUUGUAUCCAUGCUGGUCUACAGCGCACUUGUAAACAUUUGUACGAAGAAACGAGAUAGCAUUUGUCGAGUCG